ACUAAAAACUUGUAAAAGUUAGAAGUUAUAACUCCACAAUGAAUGUAUUACAUUUACAGACAACAUGUAAGAGUUAAAAGUCACGAUUAGUCCACAAUACACAUAUUGCCUCACAGACAACAUUUCAAACUUAAAUCUGACUGCAAUGCUGACAUAGAUAUAAGACCUUAUCAUUCACAGACCUAGAAUGAUAAGAUAUUUCCGUGCCCUUAACCUAAUCUAACUAAUCUAGAAAGGGUUGAAACUUCUUAUCAUAUAAUGUGAUCUCUUUUAAAAGCUUUUGAGAUGCGAAUUAACAACGUAUUUAGAUGUUUUUUGCUGUAUUUCUUCGCCAUGUUUACUGCUCUGCUCAUUCUGGUGUUGGUAUUAGGAUAUGACGAGCAGCAAAGUCUUGUCGUGAAACAUUAUCAACCCUUUAAAGAACCAGAAAGAGAUUUGGAAACAAAUGGGAACUCGAAUAGAAAGAAAGAAAUAACAGACACGAUAAAAUCAGAAGUCACAACAAAACACAGAGAACCAGAAAAGACAGGAACCAGAGAACCAGAUAUCACAGACAAUAAGAUGUCAGACACGACAGACGACAUCAAACCGGAAAUCACAGACCCCAUCAUACUGUGGUGGACGGACGGCAACGAUCAGCCAGAUGUUUACAGGGAAUGGGGAGGUGAUAGAUGCCUUAUCACCGGAAACAGAAAUCACACUAGUAAUCCGCUCACCAAGGUCUUCAUGUUUUAUGGGACAACUUUCGAAUAUCAUGACUUACCAUUGCCCAGAAAACCGCAUCAUGAGUGGGCAUUGAUACAUGACGAAUCUCCAAAGAACAACUUUCUCUUUUCGUUUGAGGAAGUGAUGACUUUGUUCAAUCAUACCAGCACGUUUCGACGAGAAUCCGACUACCCGCUCGUCAUGCAGUUGUUAGAGAGCAGCGAAUGGCUCUCCAGUACAAAACACCUACUGUCCGUGAAAGAGAAAAGACAGCAUGCUCAAAGGCUGAACUUAGCCCCUGUGAUUUUUACGAACAGUGACUGUACGACAGCCUCGGACAGAGAUGGGUACAUAACAAAACUGAUGAAACACAUUCAAGUCGACUCCUAUGGAUUAUGUCUACAUAACAGAGAUUUACCAGAACACUUACGGGAUCCAUUAGGUGGGAUGUUUCACAAGGAGUUUUACGAACUUAUUGCAAAGUAUAAGUUUGCAAUCGCUUUCGAGAACGGCAUUUGUGUGGACUAUGUGACGGAAAAAUUCUGGAGACCACUUCAUGUCGGAACGAUACCUAUCGUAAUGGGGUCACCAAAAAUCAAAGAAUUAAUCCCAUCCAAUAAAUCGGCCAUUAUUGUGGAUGAUUACGAUCGCGUGAAAGACCUUGCUCAGUAUCUAAAACACCUUGACCAAAAUGACGAAGAAUAUGAAAAAUAUUUCGAAUGGAAGGAAACAGGAAUAAGUAACCAGUAUUUAUUGAAGCUGCUAAAAGAACGGGAGUGGGUUUCUGAUUAUUUUUACUCGAGUGAUCCCGAGGCUAUAAAUUUUUACGAGGGUUUUGAACGUUUUGUCUGCAGACGAAUCCACGAAAAUAUAAGGAGGGAGACAGAAGGAAAGGCAAAAUUAAAAUUUCAAGCGAAUGUAGAACAUUAUGGAUGUCCUGCGCCAGUUAUGGUGGACGAUAACGGCCGUAGAACGUUGCAAAGUGACACAUUGACCGAGAGCUAUACUAUGAACAAGUAUAUAGCGAAAGUCCUAAGACAUCAUAUAGAUCUAAACUUAACAGUCGAUCGUCACAGUAUUCUCAGAGCAGUGGAGCAAAUUAGACACGUCGACAGCAAAGCUGAUGUAAGGUGAUCACGCUUCAAGUAUCUCAAAAAGUACUCGUGACAAACUGUUAUUGUGAUUUAAAUUGUUUAUUUGUGUAUAUUUCAUUGUGUAAUUAAAGUUCAUGUUGCGGAAGUCUCAAACAUUUUGCUUUUCUAUAGACUUUAUAACAUAUAUUUCUAUAAUGUGACGCUUACCAGAUUCCUAGCUUUCCAUACAUGCAUGUACAGAACUAAUGACUAUCUCAAAACAAUUUUAAUUUAGUUGAGUAAAAUCUGACAGAUUCGAACAUUUUGAACAUUCUUGUGAGUUUACUUCUUGAUACAAUAUUUUGACUGUCAUCUGUUUACUCUGAGAAUAUUAUAUGCAUAUAGCAUAUAUGGUGUGCAAUUCUUCGUAUAAUCGCUAGCUGUGGUCACACACAAUGCAUUACCUAAGUAUGUAUGCAUCAAAUCAUUAUUAUGGAACGUAAUUAUUAUAACAUUUAUGUUUAAAGCGUAUAUAUGUUAUUUACCCUAUUGGGGACCUCGCAGAACUUUACCCCGUUGGGGGCCUCAAGUUUGGUAGCCAAUCACUGGCUUGGAUAGGCACACGAUAGCUUGUGUUUUGCACACGUUAGCCU